UUUUAUUCUGGUUCAAGCCAGUCGGAGGAGGAGGUAAGAGUGGAAAAUGGCCGACGGUGUGGAUCACAUCGACAUCUACGCGGAUGUUGGCGAGGAGUUUAAUCAGGAAGCGGAGUAUAACGUCCACGAACAGAUAGACCUGUACGACGACGUCAUCUCGCCAUCUGCCAAUAAUGGGGACGCCCCAGAGGACCGCGACUACCUGGACAACCUGCCCCCGGCCGUGGGCGACGACGGGGGCAAGGGCCCCCCCGCCAACGUCGUCUACACCUACACCGGCAAGAGGAUCGCCCUGUACAUCGGCAACCUGACAUGGUGGACAACAGAUGAGGACUUGACUGACGCCAUUCGCUCAGUUGGGAUAAAUGACGUGUUGGAGAUCAAGUUCUUCGAAAACAGAGCCAACGGCCAGUCGAAGGGGUUCGCCCUGGUCUGUGUGGGAUCGGAGGCCUCGUCCAGGAAGCUGAUGGACCUGCUGUCGAAAAGGGAACUCCACGGGCAGAACCCCAUCGUUACUCCCUGUAACAAACAGUCACUGAGUCAGUUUGAAAUGCAAUCCAGGAAAACUACGCAGUCGGGACAGAUGUCUGGCGAAGGCAAGGCCGGCCCGCCCGGAGCCUCCUCACGAGCAGCGUUUGCCAUGGGUGGCCGAGGGAGGGGUCGCUUCCCUGGCCCCCCGGGGCCCGGGGGAGACCGCUUUCCUGGGCCUGUGGGACCUGGAGGCCCACCUCCUCCUUUCCCAGGAUCUGGGCUGAGACCACCCCAACUCAUUUCCCAUAGGCACCAGGACAGCCAUCUGAUGGAAAUGAGUUUCAAUUGCUUCCAGCCUGGGCGGGAUGCGAACUGGCGACCCAGAGGAGGCUUGCAAGGAGGACCACCACGCCCGCCGCCUGGCCCCCCCGGCCCCCCUGGCCCUCCGGGGCCUCCCCCCCCCGGGCAGGCUCUGCCCCCUCCCCUGCCCGGGCCCCCUCCUGGAGCGCCCCCGCCAGCCCCCCACGUGAACCCCGCGUUCUUCCCUCCUCCCGGGAACAGCAGCAUGCCCUCAUCCGACAGCCGCGGCCCUCCUCCUUCAGACCCCUACGGCCGCCCGCCUCCGUACGACAGAGGGGACUAUGGUCCUGCUGGCAGUAAUCCGCGACCCUCGCUAAUCUGCGGGUACGACCUAGGACCCCGAGACCCGUGGAUAAACGAGGGGGUGGUCAAUCUGAAAAAUGGCGACCAGCACUUGCGCGAUUCAAGUGAUUCAGGGGAAAUGGACGCUGCCAGGACGCCCCUGAACGAGGCCGAGUUUGAAGAGAUCAUGAACCGAAACCGGGCGAUCUCCAGCAGCGCCAUCUCCAGGGCGGUGUCGGACGCCAGUGCAGCUGACUACGGUAGUGCAAUCGAGACCCUGGUCACUGCCAUCUCUCUGAUAAAGCAGUCCAAGGUGUCUGCAGAUGACCGCUGUAAGGUGCUCAUCAGUUCUUUACAGGACUGUCUGCACGGCAUCGAGUCCAAGUCUUACGGCUCUGGAUCCAGAAGACGGGAGAGGUCGAGAGAGAGGGAUCACAGCCGCUCCAGGGAAAAGAGCCGCCGGCACAAGUCCCGCAGCCGCGAUCGUCACGACGACUACUACCGGGAGCGCAGCCGGGAGCGCGAGAGGCACCGCGACCGCGAGCGGGAUAGGGACCGCGAGAGGGACCGAGAGAGGGAGUACCGCCACCGCUAGGGAAGCUGAAGGAAGAGGAAUGGGACUGCAAGUCAAGACGGAGGCCUUCAGGAAAAGACUGUCCUAGCCCGUUUGUCUCCACACGAAAGCAUUGGAUUUCAGUCUUCAAGGACGUGUAAGGCACAGCAACAGUAGAGUAAAGCAAACCUACGUUCAUGGUAACCGACGGCUCUAUUUUUUAUUUUUUUAUGUUGCUUAAAUGUUUUAUUUGAUAACCUGUGUGAUUUCAAGUUACUGCUUUGCAAAACAAAACAAAAAAACAUGCCUGUUCCUACACCCCUUCCCUCCCCCCGAAAAAAUGCUAUUUUGAAAUCGGAUCUUGUAAAAAAACAACAACAACUGAAGUGUCAUUAGACCUUGUUUUUAUCUCUCUUCCUGUGUUGCAGAAUGUUCCAUGUUCAGAUAAUGUCUGUAAAUGUCACAGCUUUGAUUAUUAGAUUUAGAGUUAGUGUUGUAAUAAAAUGUUUACUGCCGCUGAUACUUGUUCAGAUGCUGCACAUUUUCUUUGCAUUCCUCAACAGUUUUGUUCAUUUAUAUUAAAUGUGUAUGUGUUCUGAAGAUUUUCACAUUGAAUGAUCCUAUUCAUAAAUGGCUUCACCUAUGAAUUGCAAGAUAUGGUCUGUGUUCAGAGCCCUUGUUUCUUCAUGGCAUGUUCUCCUUUUAAGGCACACUCCUGUCUCAGCUUGCAGUUUUUCCGUAAUCUAUAAAAAAUGUAUACAUAUAGACACAAAAGCUCAAGUCAGCUGAAUAUGAUGGGUCUAAAUCUAAUAUUCAUAUCCAAAUAGAAUUGUUUAAAUGUCUUCUCAUAUUAGAAUUGGAUUUUAUACAAACCCUUGUAUAACCCUUGGGAUUUUGAUUUGUUAGUAACUGACCUCUUUGAAGGAACGUUUUAUUCAGGUGCUUAAAUUUCAGAUUACUGUGGUCGUGUUAAACACUCAGUAGCAGACCUGCAUUUAAAAGGGGUUAAUGUUUAGAUUAAACUUAUUUACAUAAACAAGGCCAUCAAUUAAUUGUCAUUCUUUUUAAUGUAUCAUGUGAAGUGUUUUCUAAAGUGAAGACUUUUUUGCUUAUUGUGUUUCUUGUAAUAUAUGCAUUAUUUUAACACAGACCAUAUUACAAAUCUGAAGCCAGUCAUAAAAAUGUCUUAUAUACGUAUUUUUUAAUAAUUUUUGAAAUGCCAGUGGUAUCCUUUUAUUUAGGGAUUUUGUGUUUUAAAGUUUGCACAUGAAAAGCCAUCAUGCAUUUUACCAGGGAUAUGUUUUUUUAAAAUGUGCAAAACAUUGCGUUUCCUGCUACACAGUAUCCCUGUUAAAAAUGAGCCUCAUGUAACAAAUUCUGUGUAUGCUGCUCUACAAGUCUCUAGAACCCAGAGCUCUUUGAAGAUGGUGCCACAAAACCUGUGGAUUCAGUGCACACACCAAAAGUAAUAUUUAGAUGGUGACUGCUUUUGUUCAUUCGAUUGUAUUGUGUGCUUUAUGACAGAGGAAAUUCAGUAAGCUGGAUGAUGGUGUGCAUCUCGACUGAUUCCUCCCAUGUGCAAUUUCCUGCUGGUGUAUUUUCAAAAUUGGCUUUUUGCCAUCAACAUUUUUUAACUUCUCUCAAUUUCUAACUUUGUACUUCAAGUACAUUUGGGAAAGAAAGUGUUAACAGCGUUUUUAAUAUCAAAAGUUUAUACUGUAUAGAUCUGAAGCACUGGUUUUGUUUUUUACUUGAUUGUUCAGAUUUUAUGAUGUGACGUUUCUGCCAGAUCCUGAUUUUUUUCCUGUAGAUACGUUGCCAUAAUUGGUCCAUUUUCUUGUUCUCCCUUUUGGGUGUGAAUGUCUCUAUGAAAGUGCAAUGCCAAAACAGUUUGGGAUUUUAACUGAAAUAUAUGGGGAAAAUGUGUAGGCAGGACCACAUAAGCAUUGCAGUACAGAGCUAAACAGGGACCCAGUUUAGCUGAAAAUGUGGCUGAAGGACUUGAGUAUUUGUUGGUCAGGAAGAAGAGCAGGAGUACACAGCCCUAGCACUUGAGGGCUGCCUGUUCUGCUUGUGUCCUUUGAGCUGGUUUAGUGCUUGGGGAAAUUAAAAAAAAAAGGUCCUUGUUUGGGUUCUUCUCACAAAGUUUCAUCUGUUCUCAUGAAGCAGAUAGGGGUUAUGGUCCUUAAGCAUCAGAGUUUUGCAGUUACUGUAGAAAUGUGCACCUGUGUGCUUCCCCCAUUCUCUGCCUGCAGGUGAUGACAGAACACCUCACUUUCCCCUUCCUGUUGCUUCAGUACUAUAGACUGCUCAGGACAUGUGAAUCCAACAUGUUCUGCAAGUCAAAGAAAACAUCUUGUCGCGGCAUCUUUCCAUCAUUUUAACUAGCCCGUAACAUUCAAGUUUAAAAAGUAAACCCUUUUCACAGCAUUGUUUUUGCACAGGGCUUUUAUUUCACAAUGACCUUGUUGAUCUUAAGUAGUUGUCCGGCUCUUGCCUGUGUGGUUUAAUGUAGAGAAGUAAUUUGUUAUACCAAAGUCUUAAACCUCAGUCCCGCCAAGAAAGAAAUCAAGAAGACAAAAAGAAAUGUGGAUAAACAUUGUGGUGUUUCUGCUAGAACAAACUGAAAACUUACAUUCCUGUUAAGUCUGCAUUCUUUGUCAUGUCCUUUACAUUGUACACAUACUUAACAUUAAGAGAUGCAUUCCGGUAUCUCCAAAUAUAUAUAUUUUUAAAAGGGGGUUGAUAUUUAAUUCCAGUUUGCAACGGGAAGUCUGUUUUCAGAUAUUAGGUUGUUCAAUCAUGCUUUUUAGUGUGAUGGCAAAUGGGUUCUACAAGUAACCACUGUAAUAUGUAUUCUAUUAAGGGGGAAGGUUUUUACAGAUGCACUGUCCUGUUUGAGUGUCUUCAAUAAAGUAGAUUUUGCUGACUUCAAGAAUACAUUUAACCCUCAUGGCCAUGGCUUGUUUUUUCCCCCUUCUUUUUUACCUGUGACAGUGCUCUGCCCACUCGGCCAUAGAUUAGUAUCAGCUCUAUGGAGAAUAGCUGUUUCAUAAAAAUGGGCUUAAAACCUAUUUUGUAACUUAUUUAAAACAUUUUAAAACUUUUAUCCGAGACGAAGCUGGAACUUUCUCAUAUUAUGCAAAUAUGCAUUUAUGAUUAAUUCUGUUUAUAUUAAAGCUUUAGUUAGGUGGUUAAAACUUGGAGUAUACAGGGUAAACAUUUUGGAGUAUUGUCUUUCCUUUCCCCCCCCCCCAGUUUCUACGGUUAUUUCUGAAGUGUUAUGUUCAGUAAUGUGAAAACAAGCUUACAGGUAAGUUGUAGAAUUGAAUGUUUGGUAUUUUUGUGAUUGGUCCAUAAAUUAAAAAGAAAACAGUGGCACUGAUCUUUGUAAUGGAUGAAAUGUUUUUAAACUUUCAUUUCAUGCUCCUGUUUUAUAAUAUGUUGGGAGUUUACUUUCUGCCAAAGAGAUUAAGCCUGCUUUUAGAGUGGAUAUCUCAUACUAAUUAUAAAUCUUUCAACAGAUACAACUGUCUGCCUGUACUCCAUCAAGCAGUGAAUUUAAUACAUUUUAAUAUUGCUGAGCUAUUAACAAUCAGGCCAGCAGAAUGUAGUCCCAAGCAAUUUUGUUCAUGUAUGUGGGUGGUUAUAGGCUUCAUCUAAUUUCAUUAAACUUUCCCAGUUGGAAAUUUAGAACCUGUUUCACAGUAUGGUAUUUGGUAAAAAUUGCUCCAAUUAUAUUUUUUUUCCAGUUAGCUUUGGUGAAGUGAAUGUUAAACACGGAUAUCACUGAUCAGUUCUUGACGCACAAGCAGUUUUAUAAACGAUAAAUCGCUAUCUGGGUGCUGACUGAACCCAGACAGAACUGUGUAAAUGACAAACUAUCUUUUUAAAUGUUUGUGCUAUUCAGUAACACCUACCUGCUUCCUUUGACUUUCGUUUUUUACUUAUUGCUGCUAACUUUUUCUAAGUUGAUUUUUAACAAUUGUGUGACUUCUCAGUAAAGGUAAGUAGGAAUCCUUCUUGGAGAUGAGUGGUAAAAUUGAAACUGCCAUGCCAACGUGUUUAUAGGUGGACAGAAACUGCCGAACUUUGCCGGCCAUAAAGAGUGCCUGUGGGGUUUGCAAGAGGCAAUGGAAUCUGGUGUUUUAAAUGAUUUAGUCUUUUAACCCUUCAGGAAUGUGGCGGUGUAGCUGGUGAUCUCAUGGUUUGGUCACUGUAUUAGUGGUCUGUGCAUUUCCCAUUGCUACCCGUGCCAACCGGAAAAUAAUUGCGGGACUAGAAUGCAUACUGUACCUCAUAUGAAAUAUGACAUCCUUUAGUUUAGUACAAUCAUUGUUUUCAUGAAUAUACAAGCCAGGUAGCCCGAAGACUAUUUUUCUACGGAUCCUUACAUAGGCAGUGGUUUUUAAAUCCAGUAAGAUGUGGGGAUUCCCUCCCCCCCCCCUUAUUUAAAGAGCUUUACCUGCAAUUUUGUGGAUUUUACAACUAAAGAGUUUUAGUAUGAGAAUGAGCUUGUGCUCGAUUCUCUUAUCUGCUGCAAUUUAGUAUAUUCUCAUGUAAGUGGUAAGGGAACUGUUAUUCUGUCCCACAUCCACCACAGUAGGAAGUAGGAGUUUUUAAAAGGCAAGUUGUUCUUCCAGGAGUUCAAGGCCAAGCUGCAGAAAAUACUGAUAUGAAGAUCUCAUUUUGUGGGUUUUGUAUUUUGUUUUACCAAAAUAAAAACAUUUUAAAAGGA